AUGGGGGCAGACGCCAGUAAAGUCAGCAAGAUACCCCCAGCAGGGUCCGGGGGAAGAGAGGAGGCUCAGUGUUCUUCAGGAUGGAGAGGCUUAUUUUCCUCGGUUGGUCUGUCCAUCCCUGCCAGCCUCUGUCGCCUGGCCCCUCCCACCCUGCGGCUCGGCCACCGGAGGAUGAUCAGAGACAAGGCCCCGCCUAUCCCGGACCAGGUGUUGGGGGCAGGAGGAGUAGGAGGGCCUGAUAGACUGAGAGCAGAGUGGAGUCUACCUGGCUUCAUAUCCAUGUUCCUCCCUGAGUUCCCCCACAGAGCUGUACCAGGUCACCAACACUUCCAGGUGUUGGGUUAUAUUGCUAAAGGAUCCUUUGGUCCCAUUCUGAAGGUGAAGGACAAGGCCAAGCAGAAAACCUACGCUGUCAAGGUCAUCCCUAAGUCAGAGAUCCUGAGGCUGGGCGUUCUGGAACAGUCUAAAGAAGAGGUUAUAGUACAGCGUCAGGUGCGUCACCCAUUCAUCCACGACCUUCAGGACUGCUGGCAGACACAGAGACACCUCUACAUUAUGUUUGACUACUGCAGUACCGGGGACCUGUAUACAUACUGGGUGAUGAUUGGCCAGUUCAGCGAGGACGCUGUCAAGGUGUUUGCUGCAGAGUUAGGCUGUGCUCUCGGGUUCCUCCAUGACUUUGGGAUCAUCCACAGAGAUGUGAAGAUGGAGAACAUUCUGCUCACAGACCAAGGUAAACUCACAGACCAAGGUAAACUCACAGACCAAGGUAAACUCACAGACCAAGGUGUGCUCACAGACCAAGGUGUGCUCACAGACCAAGCCCCUGAGGUUCUGAGUGGGGGACCCUAUAGCCACGCAGCUGAUUGGUGGUCGCUGGGAAUCCUCCUCUUCUCAUUGGUCACUGGGAAGCACUGGCAGCGCCAUUGA